AUGACCUCCACGCUGCGGAACAUCCGACUGGGGUUCGCACAGGAAGCCGCAGCGACCCGCGUUCAGCGGGCGAUGCGCGCGUUCCUGCUGCGCAAGGGCACCAUCAUCAUCACGAUCCUCAUCACCAAGAUACAGGCCGCUGCGCGCGGCCUCAACACUCGCACUUCUCCGAACAACUUCUUCAAGGCCUGCCCGCCCAGCGGGCGCACCGCCGACCUCUUCCUCAGCCGCGUCUACGGUGGCCACGAGGGCGGGCGGCGGCGCGGCGGCGGCUACGUCGUCGAUUUCAUCUACUGUUUGCGCUCGACCCGUCUUCCUCUCUCUCUUCCGGAAGCGCUGGCCCGAUUCCCUCUCGAAUUAUACAACCCUCACGACACAGUGCGCGACUGCCACGGAACCAACGGGUUCUGCAACCAACACGAGGUCAACGGAGAGCAGCUGAGCCUGCCUCCGCCCUCGUCCCCCUUCACCUCCGGUGAGUCGCCCUGCCCCAGUCGUCCAGAGCACGACCUCUGGCGAGCCAGCCCGCGGUCACUUGAUGACCCCCCCAAGAGCACCAAGAAGAAGGCAAGAAAGAACAAGAAAGCCCGCGACGCCAAAGCUGCGGCUGUGGCCGCUGCAGCGGCCGCAGAGGCGGCGGCGCGGAAGGCUGCAGCCGAGGAGGCUGCUGCAAAGGCGGCUGCUCAGGCGGCCGCUCAGGCCGCUCAGGCGGCCGCUCUCGGACGGUACAGGUUGGUCAACGCUUGGUUCUAUCCACGCGGCGACUGGUACACCUUCUACUGGGAUGGCAGCUCGGCCGACAAGGUCGCAAGGCGCGCUACCUACCCGACGCUCGAGCACGACGACCACGACCCCGGCCCCCUCGCAGAGCGCAUCAGGCGCGACAAGCGCGAAGCGUCCCACCGCUCCUCCGACGACUCCUCCUCCGACCGCGACUCGUGCGGCACCGGCUCCACUAGCGAGGCGAAUGACAUAUUCGACACCCUCGAAGACCAUCUCGGCUACGGUUCCGACUCCGGCUCCGGCUGGUAG